CCCGACUAGACGACUGCCACGGCACGCCGUGACUCCAUCCACAUCCCCGGCCUCGUCUCCAUCAAACCGCCCAACGAUUUCAGGACCACAGGUUUCCCGCAGCGCGCAGCCGUCCUUUCUUUCCCUUUCACACUCCCCAUACCAAUCGCCAACCCUCGCCUCCCACGCCGUCCACCAGUCCACACACAGCCAGCUUCCAAGAUGUCGGUUCCUGCGUUCGCGGAUAUCGCCAAGUCGGCCAACGACCUGCUCAACAAGGACUUCUACCACCUGUCCUCGGGCACCAUCGAGGUCAAGAACAAGACCCCCAACAAUGUCGAUUUCAAGGUCACUGGCAAGAGCACUCACGACCGCGCGACCAGCGGAGCGCUGGAGGGCAAAUACUCGGACAAGUCUCUCGGCCUGACCGUCACGCAGACGUGGAACACCGCGAACGCCCUCGAGUCCAAGCUCGAGCUUGCCGAUGCCCUCGCCAAGGGCCUGAAGACCGAGGGUGUCUUCUCCUUCCUGCCCGCCAAGCAGGCCACCGGCGCCAAGUUCAACGUGCACUUCAAGCAGUCCAACUUCCACGGCCGCGCCUUCUUCGACCUGCUGAAGGGCCCCACCGCCAACAUCGACGCCGUUGUCGGCCACGAGGGCUUCCUCGCCGGUGCCGCCGCCGGCUACGACGUCCAGAAGGCCGCCAUCACCACCUACAGCGCCGCUGUUGGCUUCACUGCCCCCAAGUACACUGCCGCCGUGACUGGUAUUGACAACCUCAGCGUCUUCGCCGCCAGCUACUACCACAAGGUCAACUCUCAGGUCGAGGCCGGUGCCAAGGCCACCUGGAACUCCAAGGCUGGCAACAGCGUCGGCCUUGAGGUUGCCAGCAAGUACCGCCUGGACCCCGUCUCGUUCGUCAAGGGCAAGAUCAACGACCGCGGUGUCGCCGCCGUCGCCUACAACGUCCUCCUCCGUCCCGGCGUUACCCUCGGCGUCGGUGCUUCCUUUGAUACCCAGAAGCUGGACCAGGCCACCCACAAGGUCGGCACCAGCUUCACCUUCGAGUCUUAAAAAAAUCGCAUCCUAUGGACCCGGGUAAAUCACGUUUCCUGGACCUCCCUCGAAGUUCCUGGUUGGACUACGGAGACCUUUUCUCAUAUAGACAGGAGGUAGCUAUCUUUCUUCGGUCGGUAGGGAAAAGCGUUUGUACCAACACUGCUGUUUUCAGUUGAAAACAUGUCCGGUGCAUCUGCAUGGGAAGCGGCUCUGGUGUGUAUAGUAGGUAGACUAGACCGACGUUUUGGUUCCCGCGAUCCGAGAUUCGUUGAUGGCGCCUGGUAUUAUUGCCUGCCGCGUCAAACUAGGCGGGCUGUUGUCUUCUCUACGUUGGCGCUGCAGGUUUUACCUUUCGGUCCUGCUGUCCACGCACUUUCUUUUGGUCCCAUUUUGCAAAGAUGACCACGGGUGUCAGGAGGGCG